AUGUCAUUUAUCACUUUCAAUACAUCUAUACAUCAUAAUCCUAUAGAGAAAUGUUCAAUUCAUGUUAAGAAUAUGGAAUAUGCUGUAGGAUUUUUAAGAGGUUAUAUUAGUCCAAUUAUUGUAUUAUUUGGUGUAUUUGAUGAUUUUCUUGGACGUGGAUUAUAUUAUUUAACAAAUAAAAAUAUUAUGAUUAAAUUAGAUACUAUAUCAUUAAUAUCAUGUCAAUUAAUGGAAUUAAUUGGAACAUGGUUUGUAUUUAAUUCUGGUUGUUUAUUAGUUGCAUUUAGUAUAGAUCGUGUUAAUUGUUUAUAUUGGCCAUUAAAAUGUCGUUCAAAUGGUGGUGUAGGUAUGGCUAUAUUUAUAUGUACUUUCAUUAUCAUUAUUGGUUUAAUAUUUAGUAUACCUUACGCUCUGCUACAAACAUUAAUUGAUAAAAAUGUUCAUAUAACUAAUAGUACAUUAAAAAACUAUAUCAAUACUACUACUACUAAUACUACUCAUAUGGAUAAUAGUAGUAUAAUGAGUAAUCAUACGAUACAAAAUCAAAUCUAUGAUUUAUCUCAUUGUUCUGAUUGUAUUGAAAAUAAUCAUAAUGUGGCAGAAACAAUGAAAAGUAAGUUGUAUCAUAUAUUUGUUCCGUUUUUUGUUGUUUUCAUUCUCGUUUUAAUUAAAAUGGUUUAUAUUCAUUGA